UCGUCUAAGAGAUAUUCUAAAAAAUUUUUGUGUUUAUGAUUUCACCACUUAAAAAUAUAUUAUGAUACUUAUAAGGUAUCAUACGAUUGUCUACACAGCUAUAAAAAUACCGUUCAGUUUUAAACACCGGUGAAUAGAACGUUAGAGAGGACAAAAAUUAGAUAUCCAUGAAUCGAAGAAGGUCCAUUCUGACAUUUGAAACACAAUGCCCAUUGUGUUCCUCGACUUCAAAUUUCAAUUUUUGUAUUUCCACUUCAAUAAUUGCAUCGUUGGAUACAGAAAUAGAUAAUAGCUUUGAAAAAAAAGCAACACAACAGUGCAUAAAAAAUGAGGUCGCAGAAGACGAAGAACUCAAGUUGCAAUAAACAGUGGCAAUUCUGUUCCAUCAACGUUAAAAAAAAUCAAUCUAUCGAUGUGUCAUCGCGAUUCUCCUGCAGUCCACUCAUAAUGCAUAACAAGAGAAGUCCCAAACAGGGAACUUUUAUCAACUUUUAUUCCACCCUUCCGAGAGAAAUUGGAAACGGCGGCGCAAGCGCGUCCAUAUCUUCCUUGGAACAGUCAUCAACUUAUAAACAGUCAAUAUUAAGAGAGCUUUCAAGAUAUAGCAAAGCAGAGUAAUCAUGUCCUCUGUCAAAGUCGACCAAGAUUACAAGAAGGGCGUAAAUUUAAGCAUUCGAAGCAGUCGUUGGAUAUUAAAACUGAUCGGCGUGUGGCCAAAUUCUCGGAACGUUUCGGCGGUAAAAAAGUAUUUUCACGUGUUAUUAAACGCCAUUUAUUAUGCUUUGAUCAUGUUUCUCUUGUUACCUGGAAGCUUGUACGUAAUUUUCGAAGUGGAAGACGUUUAUAACAGAAUUAAACUAUUCGGUCCAUUGAGCUUUUGCGUGAUGGCACUUUUAAAGUAUUAUCUUCUGAUACUUCACGAAGAAGACAUUCGCGAGUGCGUUGAACGUAUCGAAUGGGAUUGGAAAAAUAUCACGUACCCUAAAGACAGAGAACUCAUGAUGACAAAUGCUAACUUUGGAAGGAAACUAGUCAUCACGUGCACCUUUUUCAUGUACAGUGGUUUCAUCUUCUUUUACAUUGCUGUACCGAUGAGCGUUGAAAGAAUACCAGUAGAGGGGACCAAUGCAACCUUCAUCCCCAUGGUGUUCCCCUUCUCGAGAUUUAUUAUCGACACUCGCUACAGUCCUACGAAUGAGAUAGUGUUUUCUAUUCAAUUUUUGGCUGGCGCCCUGAUGCAUGGUAUAACUUCAGCCGCUUGCAGUUUGGCUGCAAUAUUUGCCGUACACGCCUGCGGCCAAAUGCAGGUGUUGAUGACUUGGCUAAACCAUUUGAUAGAUGGUAGAUUAGACAUGCAUGAUUGCGUCGAUCAGCGAAUCGCCAAGGUCGUGAGUCAACAUGUUCGAAUAUUGAAAUUUUUAUCUCUUAUAGAGAAAGCGCUUCAACAAGUAUCGUACGUAGAAUUUUUAGGAUGUACAUUAGAUAUAUGUCUUCUUGGAUAUUAUAUCAUCAUGGAAUGGAAUUCAAAUCAUUUAACAGACGUCAUGACUUACAGUGUGUUACUUGUAUCCCUUACAUUUAAUAUUUUUAUAUUUUGUUACAUAGGAGAGCUCGUGGCCGAUAAGUCUAGGAAAGUAGGAGAAAUGACGUACAUGAUUGAAUGGUAUCGAUUGUAUGGAAAGAAAAAACUAUGCUGCGUUUUGAUAAUCGCAAUGUCCGAUUCGUCGAGAAAAUUGACAGCAGGGAACAUCGUGGAAUUGUCUAUGAGUACCUUUUCCGAUGUAAUAACGAACGGCGCGUCGUAUCUUACGACGGAUCACGACUGCAAAAGGAAUGUGGAUUUGAGCAUUCGGUACAGUCGAUGGAUUUUGAAGCCAAUCGGCGUCUGGCCAACUUCUCCUAACAUUUUUAUGGCAGAAAAAUAUUUCUAUCGGUUCAUAAAUACCAUUUGCUAUAGUUUGAUUUGUUUCCUCUUGGUACCCUGCAGCCUGUACUUAAUUUUGGAAGUGAAAGAUGUUUAUAACAGAAUAAAAUUAUUUGGUCCGUUGAGUUUCUGCGUGAUGGCGUUUUUAAAGUAUCAUCUGUUGAUCCUUCACGAAGAUGAUAUUCGCGAGUGUAUCAAACGCAUCGAAUGGGACUGGAAGAAUAUUACGUACUCCGAGGACAGAGAAAUAAUGAUAACGAAUGCGAAUUUUGGAAGAAGAUUGGUUAUUAUCUGUGCAUUUUUUAUGUAUAGUGGUUUUGCUUUUUAUUAUAUCGCCAUACCUAUUAGCGUUGGAAAAAUUCCUGCGGGAGAUGUCAAUGUGACCUUCAUUCCUCUGGUGUUCCCUUUCUCGAGAUUUAUUAUGGAUACUCGAUAUAGUCCCAUAAACGAGAUUGUAUUUUCUCUUCAAUUAGUAAGUGGCUGUUUGAUGCAUAGUAUUACGUCAGCGGCAUGUAGUUUAGCUGCUAUAUUUGCGGUGCACGCAUGUGGCCAGAUGCAGGUUUUGACGAGCUGGCUGAAACAUUUGAUCGAUGGUCGGCCAGAUAUGUAUAACAACGUCGACAGCAGAAUCGCCAGCGUCGUGAGUCAACAUGUUCGAAUAUUGAACUUCCUAGCGCUUACAGAGAAAACACUGCAACAAGUGUCAUUCGUAGAAUUUAUUGGUUGCAUGUUAAACAUAUGUCUUCUUGGAUACUACGUUAUUAUGGAGUGGAGUUCGAGCCAUUUAACCAGUGCCAUAACGUUUUUCAUAUUACUAAUAUCUCUUACGUUCAAUAUUUUCAUAUUUUGCUAUAUAGGCGAGGUGGUAGCGGAACAGUGUAAAAAAAUUGGCGAAACAUCGUAUAUGGUUGACUGGUAUCGAAUAUCAGGAACUAGGAAGCUUUGUUUUGUACUAAUUAUAGCAAUGGCUAAUUCGUCGAUUAAAUUAACGGCUGGAAACAUGGUUGAACUGUGCUUAACUACCUUCAGUGACAUUGUUAAGACAGCGGUUGCAUUUUUGAAUGUCUUACGAACAUUGACAUGAACGUUGCUUAAAGUAAAAUAUAGUCUAAAUACUACCUGUAUAAUGUCUCAAUAUAUUACAAUGAAAUUUAUUUCCACUGUUAUUGAUUCAUUAUAUUAUUAUCCUUUAAUGUAAAUGCAAUAAAUAUGUUAUACCAAUUUUAAUACUGC